AUGGUGUUUUUCCUAGUAUCUGGACAGUCGUCUGUGACAGUUACAAGUUCAUGCGCAAGCCUUUUGACCAUAGAAACAAGAACAGCGGGUCUAAUAUACUCAAAUUAUAAUGGAACUUACUUGGACCACAUGAAUUGCAACUGGAAUAUUUCUUCAAAUGCAAAACUGGAACUUGCAUUCAUAAGAUUCCAAACUGAGUCUGGUUAUGACUUUGUCAAGGUGUACGAUGGCCCAACAUCUUCCUCCACACUUAUUGGCGAGUAUGAUGGAGACUCUUUGCCUAGAAACAUUACAAGCUCUUCUCAUGAGCUCUUUAUUACUUUCACAACUGACGGUUCAGUUAUAAAACCAGGGUUCCUAGCGCACUAUCAUAGUAAGUAUCAACUCGUUUCGAUAAAAGGUAGCUCUUGGUCGGGAAUCAGCUUUCCAAAAUUUGUUAAGGCUGUUCGGAACGUCCGAAAUUCAGGACCAUGCUUUAUGUUUUCAUCUUGAACUUGGCCUUACGGCACUCAUCCGAACCAAAUAAGUUCUUGCACUAACUGAGAUUAUACGGAUGAACAAUCCAUCAUUUACCAUACUAUUAUUUCUUACACCCUCCUCCAUCCUUGUCUCUAUAAUUUCCAUCUCCUUGCAUUUAUUGUAAUGGUAUUACAAGAGCGGCUGAUCAGGAGUCGUCUACAACUAAUGUAUGCAAAGUCGAGCGUACUACGUUGUUUUCAACAUGUCGCUUUCUUGAUAUUGUUCUCGUAAACGGCUAAAAAGGAAUUCUAAAAAAUCGUUUUCGCAUUCUGUUCUUUUGGUUCAACAUUUUUUGAUAAUGUGGUAUUUAUUUCUAUUGUUUUCAUUUCUUAACGUUAUUUUAUCGUCUCUUUCAGUAUCUGGUCAGCCAUUUGCGACUGUUUCGAGUUCAUGUGCGGACAAGUUGACAGUUCGAUCAAGUUCAAGUGGAAUAAUAUUUUCAAACAGAGAUGGUGCCUACGCUCAUAAUGUGAACUGCAGUUGGAGUAUAUUUUCUAGUACUAAUGUGGAACUAGUAUUUUUCAGAUUCGAUACUGAAGAAAAUCACGACUAUAUCUACGUGUACGAUGGUGGAUCUAUGAUGUCCUCUUUAAUAGGCAAAUACCACGGAAACUCCUUGCCAGCGGUCAUCACAAGCUCAUCCAAUCAGCUUUAUGUUACCUUUAGCAGUGACACCAAAGUUUCAAGUACUGGGUUUGCGGCAAGUUACCAUGGUAAGACAUCUUUGCAAAACUUUUCAGAAUUCGUGUACUCUUGUAAUUACUGCAAAAGUAAGUGAAAUGAAAGAAUGAUUCAGAAUAAUUAGCAUAUACUAAAACGGUGGAUAGCUUUGAAGGCGCGCUCUGAUUGGCUACUCAGACUCCAAAUAUCCCCUUCUAUUCACCUCCGAACAACUCGAGCGGGAUUCGCGCCCGAAAAUAUUGUAAUCGUUGCAGGAAGAAAUGAAUUAAAAUCACCUUUUUUGUUAUAUCAUAUCAAUGUUUUAUUAUAUAUUAAAACAUUUUUUCACCUCAAUGUCGGUGAGUGGGUAUUUAACUUGCCGCUUCGAGGCUUGGUAAAUUUCCAUAACAAGCCACCUCCGAUUUGGCGAACAGAUGUUUACUGUCCUUCAAUCCUACAUUUCCACUCGACUUGGUUAGCCUGAUAACUAGGUGGCUUUUAAACCAUAAGCAGAUCACAUCAGAGAUAUAAAUAUUUACAGGUUUUGCAAAAUCAAAGGUUCUAAUGCCGAGUAACUGGGGCUUCGCCUCCUUCAAUAAAACUCAGAAAUAAACAACCAAGGUAGUUACUUUAACAAAAGCGUCGAUGUAAAUAUAUGACUAUAGUUCAAGAGAGAAAACCAAAUUUAACCACAGAAAAAUUGGUUUGAGGCAUGCGCUCUAGAAACAGUGAACAGAUAAAGAAUGGGUAGAGACAUAAAUUCUUACAAUAAGUAAUGAGUGACUUAGCCAUGCGGCAAAGGAAGAACACGAGUGAAAUAACUGAGGUAUGAAUGAAAAAGCGAACAGCGAACCAUGACAAUGAUAUAUUUUUGUAUACUAAACUGGAUAGAGUUGAAGGUGAAUUCUUAUGGCUACUCAAACUCUGAACAUCUUUUGCUUUUCACCGACUAACGCGCGCGGGAUUUGCGCCCGAAUACUUUGUAAUCGUUAUAAGUGAGUUAAAAUCAUCAUUUCGUGCCAUAUCAUCGUACUGUUUUGGUAUUUACAAAGCCAACUAUUUAUCACAGUGAAAUAUUCAACACUAGCCACCUCCACUUCAGUAAAUGGUUGUUGAUCAUGGUGCACCUGUGAAAUCAAUGUUCCUUAAGAUAAUCUGACUUAUAAUAGUGGAGAGAAUAACGGCAAAAGCCUAUUAAUAAUAGUGUUUUUGAAUUUUUUUUCAUACAGCUUAUAACACAAUUCGCCUUGUUGGAGGAAACACGACACUGACCGGGAGGGUAGAAGUUUACCAUGGCGGCCAAUGGGGAAUAAUCUGUGAAGACGGCUGGGACAUCAACGACGCUCAUGUGAUUUGCAGACAGCUUGGCUUUCCUUCAGCCACUCAAGCCUUUCAUAGCGCCAAGCAUGGUCAAGGGUCUGGUCAGAUAUGGAUUGAUAGUCUGGACUGCUCAGGAUAUGAGUUACGCAUCGACGAGUGCAACCAUGAUGGAUGGGGAAAUCAUGAUUGUGGACACAACGAAGACGCCAGUGUAGAAUGCUCCUCCACAAUCCCUUGAUCGGGUUAACGUUAUGGCAAUCACCUGUUUAAAUCACUCACCCCCGAAAGUAACUAAUGGAAGGACAGGGGAGCGGAGUUUUCCAAAAUUCAUGAAUUUACAGUCUUAGCGCUUUCCAUAAAUUGCUAUGGAAAUACCUUCUAAAGAGUCCUAUUUACUCAAAAAUAUUCUUGGCACUUCUCCGUAAAUUCAACUAUUAUUGUUGAGACGUACCAAUUGACGGAGGUUAUUACAAUAUUUUUUUUUUGAAAUGGGAAAUGAAGAUUGUGAUCACUCCGAAGACGCAAGUCUAGAAAGUUCCUCAAUAAUUCAUUGAUCAAUUGAAUUAAAAAAAAAAAUGGGGAGGGUGUUUUACUCAAUUGUGAACGGUUAUGUCGGGCCCUGAGUUCCAUUGCAUUUAAAAUACCACUUUCAUAAAAGGGCUCCAUUCAGGUAUCUCUUGUAAUUAAACUCCAUGCGGGAUAUUCAGUUAUCUCUUGGACGUCUUGAAAUUAUAAUUAUUAUUACUAUUGUUAUUAUCAUUUCUAUCGUUUUGUUCUGUCAUGUAUUAUCGCUAGUUAAGCUUUAAAUCUCCUUUUGAGAACUCUCUGAGAAAUCCUGACAAAUCCCUGGUCAAUACAGUGGGGAAAAGCACUCAAAUUAUGUUAACCACACCUUUUGCUGUUCAUUUACGCAAAAUGUACUUUCAUUUACGUCAACAGUUGAAACUAUACGGCAAAUAUACAUUCAUUAGCACUUCCACUUGGACAAUCAAACAUAACAGAUAGACUUUCAACCUCGCGCAACGGUUGAUCAUUAACACUAAUAGAAAAUCAAUUGCAUAGUAUGACAAUCAAUUGCGUAUUAGAGACAUACAAUAAUACAAUUUGCAUAGAGACGCACAAUCAGUUGCACCUUCAUACAAUCGUUUAUUCAAAAUGGUAAAUCGUUAACGCGAACUGACAAACAUUGGUGUUUUUAGAAUAACCAGUAGGAAGAAAAAAUAUUCAUCAGUGUCAUUCAGCGUAGUUGCGUGUAUUUAAAUUACUGAAC